AUGGCUGUUGGACGGUUUGACAUGUGGAAGGACUACCUCAGCCUCUCCAAGGUUGUGGCGGAGAUCCUCGAGGACCGGAAGACGGGCCAGCUUGGGUCCCCCGUCUUGGACACCCUAAAAUCGGACGGGCCGGGGUUCCCCCUCAAAGACCCCCCGGGAAUUGCGGCCCAGUGGCCCAAUGGGAGUGGAGCCAGCGGCGGCAGCAGUCCGGAGUGUAGGACCGGUGGAGGGGCCGCCCAGAUAUGUCAGUUCUGCAAGCACAACGGAGAGUCCAAGAACGUCUACUCCUCCCACCCGCUGAAGAGAGAAGACGGGAGGGUGGUCUGCCCCAUCCUGCGUAAUUACGUCUGCCCGCUUUGUGGCGCGACCGCCGACAAGGCCCACACCCUGAAGUAUUGCCCACUCAACCAAGGGAAGCAGUCCCUGUACCGCAAGAGUGGACGCAAUUCGGCCGGACGCAAGGUCGAGAGAUGA